AUGGACAACCAAUCAAUGGUGACAGAAUUCUUUCUCAUGGGAUUUCCAGAUGAUGUACAGAUUUUGCAUUUUGUGGUGUUUCUUGCCAUUUAUUUGAUAUCCUUGGUGGGGAAUUUAAUCAUCACGAUAGCGGUAGUUCUCAACCAUCGCCUUCACACCCCAAUGUAUUUCUUUUUAGUCAACCUGUCCGUGUCAGACAUCUGUUUCAUUUCCACCACUAUCCCCAAAUCCAUUGCCAUUUCAUGGACUCGAAACAAACUGAUUACUUUUUCUGGAUGUGUUGCUCAGGUUUUCUUAGUCAUCACCUUCACAGGCAAUGAGCUUUCUUUGCUCACCAUCAUGGCUUAUGAUCGUUAUGUAGCCAUCUGCCACCCGCUGCAAUACAGCCUAACCAUGAACUGGAACAGAUGCAUCCAGAUGGCUGUUGCCUCCUGGCUAAGCAAUUUGAUCCAUGCCUUGCUACAAACUAGUAUGACUUUCAGAUUACAGUUCUGUGGCUCCAACAUUAUUGGGCAGUACUUCUGUGAUGUCCCUCAGUUACAAAAGAUUUCUUGCACUGAUACAAAAAUUAACCAAAUUCUGAUUUUUGUCCUUGGUCUGUUUUUGGAUUCAUUUAUUACUGGAUUCAUCUUUGUUUCCUAUGGGUAUAUCAUAUCUGCUGUGAUAAGGAUUCCAUCUGCUCAAGGCAGGCGUAAAGCCUUCUCCACCUGCACUCCCCACUUGACAGUCUUCGCUUUAUUCAUGAUCACAGCUGUGUUUUCCUACAUGAGGCCUAAAGCACUCUCCACCCCCACUGUGGACCUGCUUUCUGCUCUUUUGUAUACUAUUUUGCCACCAGUUCUGAAUCCUAUUAUUUAUAGCUUUAGAAACAAGGAUAUCCAAGAGGCAAUUUGGAAACUACCAAAGCAACUAAAUAAUCUGCUAAUGUGA